UUACUUCGACCACCUGCAGUCUGGGGAGGUCGCGCAGCUCCUGGAUUCUAUGGGGCAUCACACGGUGGGGCUGCGGCUGCAGCGCAGGGGGGACAAAUCCCCCCAUGGGGGAAACGCUGUGGGGGCACGGAACGCCGGGGGGAAGCAGCCCUGAGGUGGUGCUGAGCGGUGACGAUGAGGAGUACCGGCGCAUCUACGCCACGAAGAUCAAACCGAGGCUGAAGGCCGAGGAUGCAGCCGAGGGGGAGACGCAGAGCCGCACCAUCACCGUCGCUCGCCGCGUCACCGCCUACACUGUGGACGUCACCGGUCCCGACGGCGCCGUCGUCGACGUGCCAGGAACCGAUUUCAAGAUCCGCCUCCCCGCCACCGAAACGACCGUCGGGGUUCAGAGCCCCGGAACGGAGAGCGGCGUCGGUGGGACGUGGGAGGAAGGCGUCCGAUUUGGGGCGGAAAGUGGGAAAAUCGGGGGGGUGAAAGGAGCGAGCGAAGGCGGACUUGUGGGGCAGAUGGGGAGCGUGGUGGUGAAGGGACCCGAAUGGGGCGGGAUGGGGGAAGGAAGCGGGGUUGGGGUGGUGAAGAUCCCCGCUAUGAAAGUGCCCAAAUUUGGGGUUUCGGUGGCGGGGUCUGAAGGGGGCGAUGCGCAAACGACCCCCGUGGGAUCCCCCCAAAAGGGGCCUGGAGUGGAAGGGGAGUGGAAGGGGCCGCAGUUCAAGAAGACGGAGACGCCGCACAUCUCGCUGUCGGACGUCGAUCUGAACCUGAAGGGCUCCCAUCGCGGCUCCGCGGCGCCCAGAGCAGAAGGAGACCCCAAAGGGCUCCGGGGGGACCCCCGUGGUUGCGCCCCCCCAGUGGGGGAUGUGGGGCUGGAGGUGAAAGGGCCGGCGAUGGAUGCGGGUGUGGAGGUGAAAGGGCCGCAGUGGGACGUCGGGGGACACGGAGUGGGAGUGGGGGUCCAGGGGGGCAAAGGUGACAUCAAAGGGCCCAGAUUUGACAUCAAAGGGCCCCAAGUGGACAUCGAAGCGCCCAAAGUUGGCAUUGAAGGCCCCAAAGUUGACAUUGAAGGCCCCAAAGUUGGCAUUGAAGGCCCCAAAGUGGACGUUGAAGCUCCAGAUGUGGACAUCCGUGGUCCAGACGGGAAGCUGAAGAUGCCCAAGCUGAAAAUGCCCAAAUUUGGGGUUCCUGGCCUAAAAGGAGAUGUUGACGUGUCACUUCCAAAGGGUGAAGUUGACAUUCAUGCCCCCAAAGUGGACAUUGCAGGUCCAGAAGGGCACCUGAAAGGCCCUGCGGUGACGAUGCCCGAAAUGCACGUCAAGGCGCCCCACAUCUCCAUGCCUGACAUCGACCUGAACCUGAAGGGCCCCAAAGUGAAGGGAGAUGUGGACAUUUCUGCCCCAAAGCUGGAAGGGGAGCUCAGAGCACCCGGAAUUGACAUCAAAGCUCCCAAAGUUGAAGUUGAAGUGCCCAAAGUUGACAUCGAAGGCCCCAAGGUUGGCAUUGAAGCUCCAGAUGUGGACAUCCAUGGUUCUGGUGGGAAGCUGAAGAUGCCCAAGCUGAAAAUGCCCAAAUUUGGGGUUCCUGGCUUAAAAGGAGACGUUGAUGUGUCACUUCCAAAGGGUGAAGUUGACAUUCAUGCCCCCAAAGUGGACAUCAGUGCCCCCAAAGUGGACAUUGCAGGUCCAGAAGGGCACUUGAAGGGCCCUGCGGUGACGAUGCCCGAAAUGCACGUCAAGGCGCCCCACAUCUCCAUGCCCGACAUCGACCUCAACCUGAAGGGCCCCAAAGUGAAGGGGGAUGUGGACAUUUCUGCCCCAGAGCUGGAAGGGGAUCUCAGAGCACCCGGAAUUGACAUCAAAGCUCCCAGAGUUGACGUUGAAGUGCCCAAAGUUGACAUUGAAGGCCCCAAGGUUGGCAUUGAAGCUCCAGAUGUGGACAUCCAUGGUUCUGGUGGGAAGCUGAAGAUGCCCAAGCUGAAAAUGCCCAAAUUUGGGGUUCCUGGCUUAAAAGGAGACGUUGAUGUGUCACUUCCAAAGGGUGAAGUUGACAUUCAUGCCCCCAAAGUGGACAUCAGUGCCCCCAAAGUGGACAUUGCAGGUCCAGAAGGGCACUUGAAGGGCCCUGCGGUGACGAUGCCCGAAAUGCACGUCAAGGCGCCCCACAUCUCCAUGCCCGACAUCGACCUCAACCUGAAGGGCCCCAAAGUGAAGGGGGAUGUGGACAUUUCUGCCCCAGAGCUGGAAGGGGAUCUCAGAGCACCCGGAAUUGACAUCAAAGCUCCCAGAGUUGACGUUGAAGUGCCCAAAGUUGACAUUGAAGGCCCCAAGGUUGGCAUUGAAGCUCCAGAUGUGGACAUCCAUGGUCCUGGUGGGAAGCUGAAGAUGCCCAAGCUGAAAAUGCCCAAAUUUGGGGUUCCUGGACUGAAAGGAGACGUUGAUGUGUCCCUCCCUAAAGCUGAAGUUGACAUUUCUGCCCCCAAAGUUGACAUUCAUGCCCCCAAAGUGGACAUUGCAGGUCCAGAAGGGCACCUGAAAGGCCCUGCGGUGACGAUGCCCGAAAUGCACGUCAAGGCGCCCCACAUCUCCAUGCCCGACAUCGACCUCAACCUGAAGGGCCCCAAAGUGAAGGGAGAUGUGGACAUUUCUGCUCCAAAGCUGGAAGGGGAGCUCAGAGCACCCGGAAUUGACAUCAAAGCUCCCAAAGUUGACAUUGAGGUCCCCAAAGUUGAUAUCAAAGGGCCCAACGUUGAUGUUGAAGCUCCAGAUGUGGACAUCCACGGUUCAGGCGGGAAGCUGAAGAUGCCCAAGCUGAAAAUGCCCAAAUUUGGGGUGCCUGGACUGAAAGGAGACGUUGACGUGUCACUUCCAAAGGGUGAAGUUGACAUUUCUGCCCCCAAAGUUGACAUUCAUGCCCCCAAAGUGGACAUCAGUGCCCCCAAAGUGGACAUUGCGGGUCCAGAAGGGCACCUGAAAGGCCCUGCGGUGACGAUGCCCGAAAUGCACGUCAAGGCGCCCCACAUCUCCAUGCCCGACAUCGACCUGAACCUAAAGGGCCCCAAAGUGAAGGGGGAUGUGGACAUUUCUGCCCCAAAGCUGGAAGGGGAGCUCAGAGCACCUGGAAUUGACAUCAAAGCUCCCAAAGUUGACGUUGAUCUUCCCAAAGUUGAUAUCAAAGGACCGAAAGUUGACAUUGAAGGCCCCAAGGUUGGCAUUGAAGCUCCAGAUGUGGACAUCCAUGGUUCUGGUGGGAAGCUGAAGAUGCCCAAGCUGAAAAUGCCCAAAUUUGGGGUUCCUGGCCUCAAAGCAGAGCUCCCUGAUGUCGACGUGUCGCUCCCGAAGGGUGAAGUUGACAUUUCUGCCCCCAAAGUUGACAUUGAAGUGCCCAAAGUUGACUUGAAAGGCCCCAAAGUUGACAUUGAAGGCCCCAAAGUGGACGUUGAAGCUCCAGAUGUGGACAUCCAUGGUUCUGGCGGGAAGCUGAAGAUGCCCAAGCUGAAAAUGCCCAAAUUUGGGGUUCCUGGCCUAAAAGCAGAGCUCCCUGAUGUCGACGUGUCGCUCCCAAAGGGUGAAGUUGACAUUUCUGCCCCCAAAUUCGAUCUCGAUCUGCCCGACAUCGACAUUGAAGCCCCGGAGGUGAAAUCAAAGGGCAUCAAAUUCCGAAUGCCUGAGCUGAACGUGCAGAGCCCCAAACUCUCCAUUCCCGAUGUCGACAUCAGCCUGAAGGGCCCCAAACUGAAAGGAGACGUCUCUGCCCCAAAGGUCUCUGGGGAACUUAGGGGUCCCAAAGUGGACGUCGAGGGUCCCGCGCUGGGGGUCGACGUUCCCGAGGUGGAUUUGGAGUGUCCAGAAGGGAAAAUAAAAGGCCCCAAAUUUAAGAUGCCCAAACUGAACAUCAAGACACCCAAAGUGUCCAAACCGGAGGUGGAUCUGAAUGUGAAGGGACCUAAAAUAAAGGGAGAAGUGGACGUUUCCGCCCCCAAAAUCGAGGGGGAGCUGAAGGUGAAGGGUCCCGGUGUGGAGGUGCCCAAUGUCGACCUGGAGUGUCCAGAGGCCAAGCUGAAAGGACCCAAAAUGAAACUGCCCCAUUUCAGCCUUUCGGGACCGAAGUUUGAGGGUGCAGAUAUCGAAGUGAGCAGCCCCAGAGGAGAGGUGGAGGUGAAAGGACCGGAGGUGGAGGUGGAAGGACCGGAGGUGGAUGUAGGGGGAGCAGAAGGGAAAUGGAAGGGCCCCAAAUUUAAGAUGCCAAAACUGAACAUCAAAACGUCAAAGAUCUCCAUGCCCGACGUCGACCUGAACCUGAAGGGCCCCAAAGUGAAGGGGGACGUGGAUGUGAGUCUGCCAAAGAUGGAGGGAGAGCUGAAGGGUCCUGAGAUUGACAUCAAAGGUCCCAAAGUGGACGUGGAGCUUCCUGACGUGGACAUUGAGGGACCAGAGGGCAAAGUGAAGGGUCCCAAAUUCAAGAUGCCCGAAAUGCACUUCAAGACACCAAAGAUCUCCAUGCCUGACAUCGACCUGAACCUGAAGGGCCCCAAAGUGAAAGGAGACGUGGAUGUGACCGUGCCAAAAAUGGAGGGCGAGCUGAAGGGCCCUGAAAUUGAUAUUAAGGGACCCAAAGUGGACGUUGACGUUCCCGACGUGGACGUUCACGGCCCAGAGGGCAAAUUGAAGCUGCCCAAAUUCAAGAUGCCCAAAUUCUCCAUGCCGGGCUUCAGGGCAGAGGGCCCCGAGGUGGACGUGGAGCUGCCAAAAGGGGAGGUGGAGCUGGAGAUGUCCGGCCCCAAAGUGGAUGUUGGAGGACCAGAAAUGGACGUGGCGCUGCCAGAGGGGAAAGUGAAGGGCCCCAAAUUCAAGAUGCCAGACAUCAAAAUGACCAAAAUCUCCAUGCCCGAUGUGGACCUGAACCUGAAGGGUCCCAAAGUGAAGGGAGAGAUGGAUGUGACCGUGCCCAAGUUGGAAGGGGAGCUGAAGGGCCCUGAAAUUGACAUCCAAGGCCCCAAAGUGGACGUUGACGUUCCCGACGUGGACGUUCACGGCCCAGAGGGCAAAUUCAAGCUGCCCAAGUUCAAGAUGCCCAAAUUCUCCAUGCCGGGCUUCAGGGCAGAGGGCCCCGAGGUGGACGUGGAGCUGCCAAAAGGGGAGGCGGACAUUUCUGUGCCCAAAGUGGACAUUGGGGGUCCUGAGGUGGAGGUGGAGCUGCCAGAGGGCAAAGUGAAGGGCCCCAAGUUCAAGAUGCCUGAAAUGCACUUAAAGGGCCCCAAAAUCUCCAUGCCUGAUGUCGACUUGAACCUGAAGGGCCCCAAAGUGAAGGGGGACGUGGAUGUGACCGUGCCAAAGAUUGAGGGUAACCUGAAGGGCCCUGAAAUUGAUAUCAAGGGUCCCAAAGUGGAUGUGGAGCUUCCUGAUGUGGAGCUGGAGUGCCCCGAAGGCAAAGUGAAGGGCCCCAAAUUCAAGAUGCCUGAAAUGCACCUCAAGGGCCCCAAAUUCUCCAUGCCUGAUGUGGAUCUGAGCCUGAAGGGCCCCAAAGUGAAGGGAGACGUGGAUGUGACCGUGCCAAAGAUUGAGGGCGACCUGAAGGGCCCUGAGGUGGACAUCAAAGGCCCCAAAGUGGACAUCGAUGUUCCUGAUGUUGAUUUAGAGUGUCCAGAAGCAAAGCUGAAGGGCCCCAAAUUCAAGAUGCCCGAAAUGCACUUCAAGACACCAAAAAUCUCCAUGCCUGACAUCGACCUGAACCUGAAGGGCCCCAAAGUGAAGGGGGGCAUGGAUGUGACCGUGCCAAAGAUGGAGGGCGACCUGAAGGGCCCUGAGAUUGAUAUUAAGGGUCCCAAAGUGGACAUAGAAGUUCCUGAUGUGGAUGUUGAGCUGCCAGAGGGGAAAGUGAAGGGCCCCAAGUUCAAGAUGCCCGAAAUGCACUUCAAGGCUCCAAAGAUCUCCAUGCCUGACUUUGAUCUGAACCUGAAGGGCCCCAAAGUGAAAGGAGACGUGGAUGUGACCCUGCCAAACAUUGAGGGUGACCUGAAGGGUCCUGAGAUGGACAUCAAAGGUCCCAAAGUGGACGUGGACCUUCCUGAUGUGGAGCUGGAAGGUCCAGAGGGCAAAGUGAAGGGCCCCAAGUUCAAGAUGCCCGAAAUGCACUUCAAAGCCCCCAAGAUCUCCAUGCCUGACUUCGAUCUGAACCUGAAGGGCCCCAAACUGAAGGGGGACGUGGAUGUGACCGUGCCCAAAGUAGAAGGGGACCUGAAGGGCCCUGAGAUUGAUAUUAAGGGACCCAAAGUGGACAUGGAGCUUCCUGACGUGGACAUUGAGGGACCUGAAGGGAAAGUGAAGGGCCCCAAAUUCAAGAUGCCUGAAAUGCACUUCAAGACACCAAAGAUCUCCAUGCCUGACAUCGACCUGAACCUGAAGGGCCCCAAAGUGAAGGGGGACGUGGAUGUGAGUCUUCCAAAGAUGGAGGGCGACCUGAAGGGCCCUGAAAUUGAUAUUAAAGGUCCCAAGGUGGACGUGGACCUUCCUGAUGUGGAGCUGGAGUGCCCCGAAGGCAAAGUGAAGGGCCCCAAGUUCAAGAUGCCUGAAAUGCACUUAAAGGGCCCCAAAUUCUCCAUGCCUGAUGUUGAUUUCAGCCUGAAGGGCCCCAAAGUGAAAGGAGACGUGGAUGUGACCGUGCCAAAGAUUGAGGGCGACCUGAAGGGCCCUGAAAUUGACAUCAAAGGCCCCAAAGUGGACGUUGACCUUCCUGAUGUUGAUUUAGAGUGUCCAGAAGCAAAGCUGAAGGGCCCCAAGUUCAAGAUGCCUGAAAUGCACUUCAAGGGUCCCAAAUUCUCCAUGCCAGACGUGGAUCUGCACCUGAAGGCCCCCAAUUUGAAGGGGGACGUGGAUGUGACUCUUCCAAAGAUGGAGGGCGACCUGAAGGGCCCUGAGGUGGACAUCAAAGGCCCCAAAUUGGACGUGGAUCUCCCCAACGUUGAUUUAGAGUGUCCAGAAGCAAAGCUGAAGGGUCCCAAAUUCAAGAUGCCCGAAAUGCACUUCAAAACACCAAAGAUCUCCAUGCCUGACAUCGACCUGAACCUGAAGGGCCCCAAAGUGAAGGGGGACGUGGAUGUGACCAUGCCAAAGAUGGAGGGCGACCUGAAGGGCCCUGAGAUGGACAUCAAGGGCCCUAAAUUGGACGUGGACCUGCCUGAUGUGGAGCUGCAUGGCCCUGAAGGGAAAGUGAAGGGCCCCAAAUUCAAGAUGCCUGAAAUGCACCUCAAGGGCCCCAAAUUCUCCAUGCCUGAUGUGGAUCUGAGUCUGAAGGGCCCCAAAGUGAAGGGAGACGUGGAUGUGACCGUGCCAAAGAUUGAGGGCGACCUGAAGGGCCCUGAGGUGGACAUCAAAGGCCCCAAAGUGGACAUCGAUGUUCCUGAUGUGGAGCUGGAGUGUCCAGAAGGGAAAGUGAAGGGCCCCAAAUUCAAGAUGCCCGAAAUGCACUUCAAAGCCCCCAAAAUCUCCAUGCCUGACUUCGAUCUGAGCCUGAAGGGCCCCAAAGUGAAAGGAGACGUGGAUGUGACCGUGCCCAAGUUGGAAGGGGAUUUAAAAGGCCCUGGUGUUGACAUCAAAGGCCCAAAAGUAGACAUUGAGGUUCCUGAUGUUGAGUUGGAAGUUCCAGAGGGGAAAGUGAAGGGCCCCAAGUUCAAGAUGCCCGAAAUGCACUUCAAGACACCAAAGAUCUCCAUGCCUGACAUCGACCUGAACCUGAAGGGCCCCAAAUUGAAAGGAGACGUGGAUGUGACCGUGCCAAAGAUGGAAGGAGACCUGAAGGGCCCCGAGGUGGACAUUAAAGGUCCCAAAGUGGACGUGGACCUUCCUGAUGUUGAUUUGCAGUGUCCCGAAGGGAAAGUGAAGGGCCCCAAGUUCAAGAUGCCCGAAAUGCACUUCAAAGCCCCCAAAAUCUCCAUGCCUGACUUCGAUCUGAGCCUGAAGGGCCCCAAAGUGAAGGGAGACGUGGAUGUGACCGUGCCCAAACUGGAAGGGGACCUGAAGGGCCCUGAGAUUGAUAUCAAAGGCCCCAAAUUGGACGUGGACCUUCCUGAUGUGGACAUUGAGGGACCUGAAGGGAAACUCAAAGGCCCCAAGUUCAAGAUGCCUGAAAUGCACAUCAAAGCACCAAAAUUUUCCAUGCCUGAUGUGGAUCUGCAUCUGAAGGGCCCCAAAGUGAAGGGGGACGUGGAUGUGACCGUGCCCAAAGUAGAAGGGGAGCUGAAGGGCCCUGAAAUUGAUAUUAAAGGGCCCAAAGUGGACGUGGACCUUCCUGAUGUGGAGCUGGAAGGACCUGAAGGGAAGCUGAAGGGCCCCAAGUUCAAGAUGCCCGAAAUGCACUUCAAGACACCGAAGAUCUCCAUGCCUGACAUCGACCUGAACCUGAAGGGCCCCAAGGUGAAGGGGGGCAUGGAUGUGUCUACGCCAAAGAUGGAGGGCGACCUGAAGGGUCCUAAAGUGGACAUAGAAGUUCCUGAUGUGGAUGUUGAGCUGCCAGAGGGGAAAGUGAAGGGCCCCAAGUUCAAGAUGCCCGAAAUGCACUUCAAGGCUCCAAAGAUCUCCAUGCCUGAUGUUGAUUUCAACCUGAAGGGCCCCAAAGUGAAAGGAGACGUGGAUGUGACCCUGCCAAACAUUGAGGGCGACCUGAAGGGCCCUGAGAUUGAUAUCAAGGGUCCAAAAGUGGACGUGGACCUUCCUGAUGUGGAGCUGGAAGGUCCAGAGGGCAAAGUGAAGGGCCCCAAGUUCAAGAUGCCCGAAAUGCACUUCAAAGCCCCCAAAAUCUCCAUGCCUGACUUUGACCUGAGCCUGAAGGGCCCCAAAGUGAAAGGAGACGUGGAUGUGACCGUGCCCAAAGUAGAAGGGGACCUGAAGGGCCCUGAGAUUGAUAUCAAAGGUCCCAAAGUGGACGUGGACCUUCCUGACGUGGACAUUGAGGGUCCUGAAGGGAAAGUGAAGGGCCCCAAAUUCAAGAUGCCUGAAAUGCACUUCAAGACACCAAAGAUCUCCAUGCCUGACAUCGACCAGAACCUGAAGGGCCCCAAAGUGAAGGGGGACGUGGAUGUGAGUCUGCCAAAGAUGGAGGGUGACCUGAAGGGCCCUGAAAUUGACAUCAAAGGCCCCAAAGUCGAUGUGGACCUUCCUGAUGUGGACAUCGAGGGACCUGAAGGGAAAGUGAAGGGCCCCAAGUUCAAGAUGCCCGAAAUGCACCUCAAGGGCCCCAAAUUCUCCAUGCCUGAUGUUGAUUUCAACCUGAAGGGCCCCAAAGUGAAAGGAGAGAUGGAUGUGACCGUGCCAAAGAUUGAGGGCGAUCUCAAGGGCCCUGAAAUUGACAUCCAAGGCCCCAAAGUGGACGUUGACGUUCCCGACGUGGACGUUCACGGCCCAGAGGGCAAAUUCAAGCUGCCCAAGUUCAAGAUGCCCAAAUUCUCCAUGCCGGGCUUCAGGGCAGAGGGCCCCGAGGUGGACGUGGAGCUGCCAAAAGGGGAGGUGGACAUUUCUGUCCCCAAAGUGGACAUUGGGGGUCCUGAGGUGGAGGUGGAGCUGCCAGAGGGCAAAGUGAAGGGCCCCAAGUUCAAGAUGCCCGAAAUGCACUUAAAGGGCCCCAAAAUCUCCAUGCCUGAUGUCGACUUGAACCUGAAGGGCCCCAAACUGAAGGGGGACGUGGAUGUGUCCAUGCCCCACUUGGAAGGGGAGCUGAAGGGCCCUGAGAUUGAUAUCAAAGGCCCCAAAUUGGACGUGGACCUUCCUGAUGUGGAGCUGGAAGGUCCCGAGGGGAAACUGAAAGGCCCCAAAUUCAAGAUGCCUGAAAUGCACCUCAAGGGUCCCAAAUUCUCCAUGCCUGAUGUGGAUCUGAGCCUGAAGGGCCCCAAAAUGAAAGGGGACUUGGAUGUGACCGUGCCAAAGAUUGAGGGCGACCUGAAGGGCCCUGAAAUUGACAUCAAAGGCCCCAAAGUGGACGUGGACCUUCCUGAGGUCGAUGUUCCCAGUCCCGAAGGUAAAGUGAAGCUGCCCAAGUUCAAGAUGCCCAAAUUUGGGGUCUCAGGCUUCAAGGCUGAGGGCCCCGGGUUGGACGUUGGUCUCCCUGAAGCUGACAUCGCUGUGUCUGCCCCGAAGGUCGAUGUCACUCUUCCUGAUGUGGACAUCGAGGGACCGGAGGGAAAACUGAAGGGCCCCAAAUUGAAGAAACCCGAAUUCGGUGUCCCCAAAAUCUCCAUGCCCGACAUCGACCUCAACUUGAAGGGCCCCAAAGUGAAGGGAGACGUCGAUCUGUCUGCCCCCAAAAUCGAGGCGGAACUGAAAGGCCCUAAAGUGGACCUGAAAGGGCCGGAGUUGGAGGCCGAGGUGCCCAAGAUCGAUCUGGAAGCCAAGGGCAAAAAAUCCAGGUUCAAAUUGCCCAAAUUUGGCUUUUCUGGGCCUAAAGUUCAAAGCCCCGACGUGGAUGUGAAGCUGAAGAAACCCGAAGUGGAGAUGUCUGGUCCCAAAGUGGAGGUGCAGGGGCCGGAGGUGGACGUCCAAGCGAAAGCAAAAGGCUCCAAGUUCAAAAUGCCCUUCCUGAGCAUUUCCUCCCCCAAAGUUUCGAUGCCGGAUGUGGAGCUGAACCUCAAAGGGCACAAAGUGAAGGGAGAGUUCGACAUGAGCGGCCCCAAAGUGGAGGGGGACGUGAAAGGGCCGGAGGUGGACAUCAGAGGACCCAAAGUCAGCGUUGAGGUGCCCGACGUGGACAUUUCGGGACCAGAAGGGAAAGUGAAAAUGCCCAAAUUCAAAAUGCCCAAAUUUGGGGUGAAGGGCGAAGGGCCGGAGGUGGAGGUCGGCGUUCCCAAAGGAGAAUUGGACAUUGAAUGUCCUCAGGUGGAAAUCGAAGGACCCGAGGGGAAGGGGAAGGGGCUGCACUUCAAGAUGCCUGAGAUGCACCUCAAGGGGCCCAAAUUCUCCAUGCCUGACGUCGACUUCAACCUGAAGGGCCCCAAAGUGAAGGGAGAUGUGGAUGUGUCCAUGCCAAAGAUGGAGGGCGACCUGAAGGGCCCAGAGGUGGACAUCAAAGGUCCGAAGCUGGACGUGGAGCUUCCUGACGUGGACAUCGAGGGACCGGAGGGGAAACUGAAAGGCCCCAAGUUCAAGAUGCCCGAAAUGCACCUCAAGGCACCAAAGAUCUCCAUGCCUGACAUCGACCUGAACCUGAAGGGCCCCAAAGUGAAGGGGGACGUGGAUGUGACCGUGCCAAAGAUGGAGGGCGACCUGAAGGGCCCUGAAAUUGAUAUCAAAGGACCGAAAUUGGACGUGGAUCUUCCUGACGUAGAACUGGAAGGUCCUGAAGGCAAAGUGAAGGGCCCCAAGUUCAAGAUGCCCGAAAUGCACCUCAAGGGCCCCAAAUUCUCCAUGCCAGACGUUGACUUCAACCUGAAGGGCCCCAAAGUGAAGGGGGACAUGGAUGUGACCGUGCCAAAGAUUGAGGGUGACCUGAAGGGCCCAGAGGUGGACAUCAAAGGUCCGAAGCUGGACGUGGACCUUCCUGAUGUGGAGCUGCAUGGUCCCGAGGGGAAACUGAAAGGCCCCAAGUUCAAGAUGCCUGAAAUGCACCUCAAGGGCCCCAAAUUCUCCAUGCCUGAUGUUGAUUUCAACUUGAAGGGUCCCAAAGUGAAGGGAGAGAUGGAUGUGACUGUGCCCAAGUUGGAAGGGGAGCUGAAGGGCCCAGAGGUGGACAUCCAAGGCCCCAAAGUGGACGUUGACGUUCCCGACGUGGACGUUCACGGCCCAGAGGGCAAAUUCAAGCUGCCCAAGUUCAAGAUGCCCAAAUUCUCCAUGCCGGGCUUCAGGGCAGAGGGCCCCGAGGUGGACGUGGAGCUGCCAAAAGGGGAGGUGGACAUUUCUGUCCCCAAAGUGGACAUUGGGGGUCCUGAGGUGGAGGUGGAGCUGCCAGAGGGCAAAGUGAAGGGCCCCAAGUUCAAGAUGCCCGAAAUGCACCUCAAGGCACCAAAGAUCUCCAUGCCUGACAUCGACCUGAACCUGAAGGGCCCCAAAGUGAAGGGGGACGUGGAUGUGACUGUGCCAAAGAUGGAGGGCGACCUGAAGGGCCCUGAGAUUGAUAUCAAGGGUCCAAAAUUGGACAUGGAUCUUCCUGAUGUGGACAUUGAGGGUCCAGAAGGGAAACUGAAGGGCCCCAAAUUCAAGAUGCCUGAAAUGCACCUCAAGGGCCCCAAAUUCUCCAUGCCUGAUGUCGACUUCAACCUGAAGGGCCCCAAAGUGAAGGGGGACGUGGAUGUGACCGUGCCAAAGAUGGAGGGCGACCUGAAGGGCCCAGAGGUGGACAUCAAAGGUCCGAAGCUGGACGUGGACCUUCCUGAUGUGGACAUCGAGGGACCAGAGGGGAAACUCAAAGGCCCUAAGUUCAAGAUGCCCGAAAUGCACCUCAAGGCACCAAAGAUCUCCAUGCCUGACAUUGACCUGAACCUGAAGGGGCCGAAACUCAAGGGGGACGUGGAUGUGACCGUGCCCAAGUUGGAAGGGGACCUGAAGGGCCCAGAGGUGGACAUCAAGGGUCCCAAAGUCGAUGUGGACCUUCCUGAUGUGGAGCUGGAAGGACCUGAAGGGAAACUGAAAGGCCCCAAGUUCAAGAUGCCUGAAAUGCACCUCAAGGGCCCCAAAUUCUCCAUGCCUGAUGUUGACUUCAACCUGAAGGGCCCCAAAGUGAAGGGAGAGAUGGAUGUGUCCAUGCCAAAGAUUGAGGGCGAUCUCAAGGGCCCUGAAAUUGACAUCCAAGGCCCCAAAGUGGACGUUGACGUUCCCGACGUGGACGUUCACGGCCCAGAGGGCAAAUUCAAGCUGCCCAAGUUCAAGAUGCCCAAAUUCUCCAUGCCGGGCUUCAGGGCAGAGGGCCCCGAGGUGGACGUGGAGCUGCCAAAAGGGGAGGCGGACAUUUCUGUGCCCAAAGUGGACAUUGGGGGUCCUGAGGUGGAGGUGGAGCUGCCAGAGGGGAAAGUGAAGGGCCCCAAGUUCAAGAUGCCUGAAAUGCACUUCAAAGCCCCCAAGAUCUCCAUGCCUGACUUUGAUCUGAGCCUGAAGGGCCCCAAAGUGAAAGGAGACGUGGAUGUGACCGUGCCCAAAGUAGAAGGGGAGCUGAAGGGCCCUGAGAUUGAUAUUAAGGGCCCCAAAGUGGAUGUAGAAGUUCCUGAUGUGGACAUUGAGGGUCCAGAAGGGAAAGUGAAGGGCCCCAAAUUCAAGAUGCCCGAAAUGCACUUCAAGACCCCAAAGAUCUCCAUGCCUGACAUCGACCUGAACCUGAAGGGCCCCAAACUGAAGGGGGACGUGGAUGUGUCCAUGCCCAAAGUAGAAUGUGACCUAAAAGGUGGUGACCUGGAGUUGAAGGGACCCAAGGUGGACGUGGACGUUCCUGAUGUGGAGCUGGAAGGACCCGAAGGAAAAUGGAAAGGCCCCAAAGUGAAGAUGCCAGAGAUGCACUUUAAGGCUCCGAAAAUUUCGAUGCCCGACUUCGACCUGAACCUGAAAGGCCCCAAAGUGAAAGGAGACGUGGAUGUGACCGUGGAAGGUGGAGUGAAAGGAGGGAGCGUGGAUGUGAAAGGUCCAGAGAUGGACGUGGAGGCGCCAGGGGUGAGCGUGGAGGGCCCCGAAGGGAAAGUGAAGGGCCCCAAGUUCAAGAUGCCCGAAAUGCACUUCAAGGCCCCCAAAAUCUCCAUGCCUGACUUUGAUCUGAGCCUGAAGGGCCCCAAAGUAAAAGGAGACGUGGAUGUGACCGUGCCCAAAGUAGAAGGGGACCUGAAGGGCCCUGAAAUUGAUAUCAAAGGCCCCAAAUUGGACGUGGAGCUUCCUGACGUGGAACUGGAAGGUCCUGAAGGGAAAGUGAAGGGCCCCAAGUUCAAGAUGCCCGAAAUGCACUUCAAAACCCCAAAGAUCUCCAUGCCUGACAUCGACCUGAACCUGAAGGGCCACAAAGUGAAGGGAGACGUGGAUGUGUCUGUGCCAAAGAUUGAGGGUGACCUGAAGGGCCCUGAGAUUGAUAUCAAAGGUCCCAAAGUGGACGUUGACCUUCCUGAUGUUGAUAUUGGGGGUCCAGAGGGGAAAGUGAAGGGCCCCAAGUUCAAGAUGCCUGAAAUGCACCUCAAGGGCCCCAAAAUCUCCAUGCCUGACUUUGAUCUGAGCCUGAAGGGCCCCAAAGUGAAGGGGGACGUGGAUGUGACCGUGCCCAAAGUAGAAGGGGACCUGAAGGGCCCCAAAGUGGACAUAGAAGCCCCUGAUGUGGAUGUUGAGCUGCCAGAGGGGAAAGUAAAGGGCCCCAAGUUCAAAAUGCCCGAAAUGCACUUCAAGGCACCAAAGAUCUCCAUGCCUGAUGUUGAUUUCAACCUGAAGGGCCCCAAAGUGAAGGGGGACGUGGAUGUGACUGUGCCAAAGAUGGAGGGCGACCUGAAGGGCCCUGAAAUUGAUAUCAAAGGUCCCAAAGUGGAUGUUGACCUUCCUGACGUUGACAUUGAGGGUCCUGAAGGGAAACUCAAAGGUCCCAAGUUCAAGAUGCCUGAAAUGCACCUCAAGGCACCAAAGAUCUCCAUGCCUGACUUUGAUCUGAGCCUGAAGGGCCCCAAAGUGAAGGGGGACGUGGAUGUGACCAUGCCAAAGAUGGAAGGUGACCUAAAGGGCCCUGACAUUGACAUCCAAGGCCCCAAAGUGGACGUUGACGUUCCCGACGUGGACGUUCACGGCCCAGAGGGCAAAUUCAAGCUGCCCAAGUUCAAGAUGCCCAAAUUCUCCAUGCCGGGCUUCAGGGCAGAGGGCCCCGAGGUGGACGUGGAGCUGCCAAAAGGGGAGGCGGACAUUUCUGUGCCCAAAGUGGACAUUGGGGGUCCUGAGGUGGAGGUGGAGCUGCCAGAGGGCAAAGUGAAGGGCCCCAAGUUCAAGAUGCCUGAAAUGCACCUCAAGGCACCAAAGAUCUCCAUGCCCGACAUCGACCUGAACCUGAAGGGCCCCAAAGUGAAGGGGGACGUGGAUGUGACCGUGCCAAAGAUGGAGGGCGAGCUGAAGGGCCCUGAAAUUGAUAUCAAGGGUCCCAAAGUCGAUGUGGAGCUUCCUGAUGUGGAGCUGGAAGGACCAGAGGGGAAAGUGAAGGGCCCCAAGUUCAAGAUGCCUGAAAUGCACCUCAAAGCACCGAAGAUCUCCAUGCCUGACUUCGAUCUGAGCCUGAAGGGCCCCAAAGUGAAAGGAGACGUGGAUGUGACUCUUCCCAAGAUUGAGGGUGACCUGAAGGGCCCUGAGGUGGACAUCAAAGGCCCCAAAGUGGACAUCGAUGUUCCUGAUGUGGAGCUGCAUGGUCCUGAGGGGAAACUGAAAGGCCCCAAGUUCAAGAUGCCUGAAAUGCACCUCAAGGGCCCCAAAUUCUCCAUGCCUGAUGUUGAUUUCAACUUGAAGGGCCCCAAAGUGAAGGGAGACGUGGAUGUGACCGUGCCCAAGUUGGAAGGGGAGCUGAAGGGCCCUGAAAUUGACAUCCAAGGCCCCAAAGUGGACGUUGACGUUCCCGACGUGGACGUUCACGGCCCAGAGGGCAAAUUCAAGCUGCCCAAGUUCAAGAUGCCCAAAUUCUCCAUGCCGGGCUUCAAAGGGGACGGGGUGGACGUGGAUGUGAAUCUCCCAAAGGGCGGCGUGGACAUCGCUGGUCCCAGUGUGGAGGUGGAGGCUCCUGAGCUCAGCGUGGAUGGGAAGCUGAAAGGUCCCAAGUUCUCCAUGCCCGAAAUGCACAUCAAAGCCCCCAAAAUCUCCAUGCCCGACAUCGACCUGAACCUGAAGGGCCCCAAAGUGAAGGGGGACGUGGAUGUGACCGUGCCCAAGUUAGAAGGGGACCUGAAGGGCCCCGAGAUCGAUAUCAAAGGCCCCAAAGUCGACGUGGAGCUUCCUGAUGUGGAACUGGAAUGUCCUGAAGGCAAAGUGAAGGGCCCCAAGUUCAAGAUGCCCGAAAUGCACCUCAAGGGCCCCAAAAUCUCCAUGCCUGAUGUGGAUCUGAGCCUGAAGGGCCCCAAAGUGAAAGGAGACAUGGAUGUGACCGUGCCAAAGAUUGAGGGCGACCUGAAGGGCCCCAAAGUGGAUGUGGACCUUCCUGAUGUGGAGCUGGAAGGACCCGAAGGGAAAGUGAAGGGCCCCAAAUUCAAGAUGCCUGAAAUGCACUUAAAGGGUCCCAAAUUCUCCAUGCCUGACGUUGACUUCAACCUGAAGGGCCCCAAAGUGAAGGGGGACAUGGAUGUGAGCCUUCCCAAACUGGAAGGGGAUUUGCAAUGUCCGGACGUUGACCUCAAAGGUCCCAAAUUGGACCUUCAGGCGCCCGACGUGAAGGUCCCUGAAAUGCACCUCAAGAUGCCCCACGUCUCCGUCCCUGACAUCGACCUCAACCUGAAGGGCCCAAAGGUGGAGGGGGAGCUGAAGGGUCCCAGUGUGGAUCUGAAGGGUCCCAGUGUGGAUCUGAAGGGUCCCAAAGUCGAUAUCGAGUGUCCCGGGGUCGACAUCGAUGGUCCAGAGGGAAAAGUGAAACUACCGAAAAUGAAGCUGCCGAAAUUUGGGCUGAAAGGAGAUGCCCCUGAGGUGGAUGUGGAGCUGCCCAAAGGAGAGGUCGAGCUUUCGGGCCCUAAAGUGGACAUCGCUGUCCCCGAUGUGAGCAUCGAAGGUCCGGAAGGAAAACUGAAAGGUCCUAAAGUGAAAGUGCCCGAAAUGCACGUGAGCGUGCCCAAAAUCUCCAUGCCCGACAUCGAUCUGAAUCUGAAAGGGCACAGAGCCAAGGGAGGAUUCGACCUCACGGCCCCAAAGAUCGAAGGGAGCCUGAAGGGACCCGAUGUCACCGUCAAAGGACCCGAAUUUGGGGUGAAAAGCCCCGAAAUGGACGUCGAGUGUCCGGAGCUGAGCGUCGAAGGGCCGGAGGCGAAUGUCAAGGCUCCCAAAUUCAAGAAACCGAAAUUUGGGUUCGGGAUGAAGAGUCCGAAGGGCGACACGAAGGUCCCAGAGGUGGAAUUCCCAGAGGUGGAGCUGAGCGCGGAGUUACCCGACCUGAGCGUGGCGGCCAAAGGCAAGAAGAGCAAAUUCAAGAUGCCCAAACUCCACAUGAGCGGCCCCAAAGUGAAAGGGAAGAAGGGAGCCUUCGAUGUGAGCGUGGCGGGGGCGGAGGUGGACGUGGGUGUGAAAUCCCCCGAGGUGGAUGUGAGCGCGGCCGGCCCCGACGUGGCCGUAAAGUCCCCCAAAGGGAAGAAGGCCAUGUUUGGGAAGAUCUCCUUCCCCGAUGUGGAGUUCGACCUGAAGUCGCACCGCUCCCGGGGGGACGCGGCAGCGGUGCUCCCGAAAAUGGAAGGGGAACUGAAGGAGUUGGAGGUGAAGGGUCCGAGCGUCGAUGUGGAGGUGGGGGCGGCGGAUUGGAGCGCGAAGAAAGCCAAAGUGGCGAUUCCUGGGGUGAAGGUGGAGGGGGAGCCGGAGUUUGAGCUGAAAGGACCAAAAGGCAAAGUGGAAAUGUGCGUUCCUGAAGGGAGGCUGAACGUGGGGCUGAAAGGACCCGAAUUCGACGGGAACCUGAAAGGACCAAAGGUGAAAAGCGAUGCGGAGCUCGGAGGGUUGGGAGGGCAGCUGCCCCAUCUGAUGGCGCCGCGCAUGGAGGGCCCUGAACUGAGCAUCGGCGGCUCCGUCCCGUCCCUGGGCUGCCAGGGGGCUCAGCUCCACCUCUCCGGCCCUUCGGUGGCCGUUUCGGCCCCGGAUCUCAACAUGAAGGCAGAUCUCGGCGGCUCCGCCAAAUCCCCGGUGCUGUCGGUGGACGCGGCCGGCGUCGGCGUGGAGGGGUUGGGCGGAACCAUCAAACUGCCGUCCCUCCAGCUGCCCCAGUUCGGCCUCUCCGUUAACGGGGCCGACGUCGAAGGAAUCGGCGGCGCCGCGUCCGACGUCCCGGCGACCAAAGCGAGCGUCCGAGGGCCGGCGGCGUCGGGAGGGGGAGGCCCCAAAGAUGGCGGCGGCGGCGGGGAUCUGUGCGCCGGCAGGGUGUCCUUCCCCAAACUGAGGGUGCCGAAAUUCCACUUCUCCGAGCCGGAGGUGAAGGGCAGAGAGGUGGCGGUGGACGUGGAGUUCCCAGGGACGGAGGCGGGCGUCCCAGCGGAGCCCGAGGCGGACGAUGCCAAAGGGAAGAAAUCCAAACUGAAGAUGCCCAAAUUCGCUUUCUCCAAAGGGAAGGCGAAAAGUGGGGCGGCUCCCGGUUCCCCCGAGCUGCCCGGCUCCCCUGGGGGCUCCCGGGGUGACCUGAAGAGCUCCAAAGGCAGCCUGGGCUCAGCCGAGGGCGAGCUGGACGAGGCUUCGUCCUCCAAAGGGAAAUUCUCCAUCUUUAAGAGCAGGAAGACGAGGCUCCGCUCGUCGUCUUUCAGCGCCGAGCCGCCGGAGCCGGAAGGAGCGCAGGGAAAAGCCAAGUUCGGGACGUUCGGCGGCGUGGGCUCGCGGAGUAAAGGCUGCUACGAGGUGACGGGGGGCGAGGAGCAGCCCUCAGCCCCACAUCAGCCCCCUUCCGCCCCACAUCAGCCCCCCUCGGGUGCCGCCCGCGGGGCGCUGCGGUUGCCUUCCUUGGAGCUGACGGUGGCCAAGCGACGCGAGCAGGAGGGCGGCUGCACAUAGGGCCGGGCUCACAGCGCCCUGCCUCCCUUUUGUUUUUUGGGCCUUUCUUUUUUCCCCUUUCCCCCCCCCCUUUUUUUUUUCCCCUUUCCCCCCUUCCUCCUUUUUCUCUUUUUUUUUUUUUGUACCAUUUUUGGUGGGUUUUUUGUUCCCCUUCCCUCCCGCCGCUGCUCGUUUCCUCGUCCUCGGCUCCUUCGGGUCACAUUUCCCCCUAUUUUUUAUUUACCGAAUUUCAUAUUUCCCAGUGUUCACAAAAUUUUGGUCCAUAUUUACCCAUUUUCCCCAAAUUUCCGUUCAAAUCCCCUCAUUUUCCCCCAAAUUUCAGUUCAAAUUUCCUCUUUUCCCCCAAAUUUCAGUUCAAAUCCCCUCUUUUUCUCCAAAUUUCCAUUCAAAUCCCCUCUUUUUCCCCAAAUUUCCAUUCAAAUCCCCUCUUUUUCCCCAAAUUUCCAUUCAAAUCCCCUCUUUUUCCCCAAAUUUCAGUUCAAAUCCCCUCUUUUUCCCCAAAUUUCCAUUCAAAUCCCCUCUUUUUCUCCAAAUUUCCAUUCAAAUCCCCUCUUUUUCCCCAAAUUUCCGUUCAAAUCCCCUCAUUUUCCCCAAAUUUCGGUUCCUAUUUCCCCAUUUCCCCAAAUUUCGGUUCCUUUCUCUCCUUUUUCCCCACAUUUCGGUUGAUCUUUCUGCUUUUCUCCCCACAUUUCGCUUCACAUUUCCCCCUUUUCCCCACAAUUUCAGCUCCUAUUCCCCCAUUUUCCCAACAUUUGGGUCCCUGUUUCCCCUCCCCUCAAAAUUUCACUUCCUAUCUCUCCUUUUUCCUCCCAUUUCGGUCCAUUUCUUUCCUUUUUCCCAACACUUUGGUCCGUAUUUCCCCUUCUUCCCAAUAUUUUGAAUCGCAUUUCCCCCAUUUUCCCCCAAAUUUCAGUAUUUCCUCAUUUUCCCAACAUUUUCCUCCAUGUUUUACCUUCUUCCAAAAAAAUUUUGGGUCUCAUCUCUCCAUUUUCCCAAAAUCUCAGUCCAUCUUUCCUCCUUUUCCCAACUUUUUGGUCCCUAUUUCCCAAUUUCCCAACAUUUGGGUCCCUAUGUUCCCAAUUUCCCAUCAUUUUGGUUCACAUUUUCCCCAUUUCCCAUCAUUUUGCUCCAUAUUUCCCCCAAAUUCCAGCUCAUAUUUCCCCGUUUUCCCAUCAUUUUGGUCCCUAUUUCCCCCUUUCCCCCAAAUUCCAGCUCGCAAUUCCCCAUUUCCCAUCAUUUUGCUCCAUAUUUCCUUUCUUAUUUCCUAUUUUGGGGGCAGAUUCUCAUUUUCAGCUCUUUUUGGGCUUCGCUGGCAGGAAUUAAACAAAAAAAAACCCUAAAAAAAGCCCCCAAACCCCAAUAAGCCCCAAAAAGCAGCGGGGAGGGGGGGGAGCACAGCGGGGUGGCAGCGCAGUUUGGGCUGAUUUCCUUCAGAUUUGGGAUUCGGGUGGAAUUCCCUUUUAUUUCCCCCCCCCCCUUCGUGUCGGAGGCUGAGUUACAAAAGAGAUGGGAGAAAAUGAUAUAAAAUAUAUAUUUUAUAGAGAUUAAAAAACAAAAAACCAAAAAAAACCCCAAAAAACGCCGAUGCCCUUUCAGCACUUUACUGGGAAAUUAAUGGAGAAUGUAAGAAAUAAUCGUGUAAAAUGCAAAUAAAGAAGUUUAUUAACCAUUCA